UGGUGGUGGUGGUGGUGGCAAGUGGCUGGUCGGCCACUUGACGUGACAGACGGACGUUGGCAAACGACGGUGUGGCGAUACGUUCCUGGUUUGUUCCAGUUGUGUGCCAGGUGUGUUGAUGUUCUCUCUGGGCGUUCAGAGUCAUGGCAUAACGACACGACGUGUUCGACAGAAUGAGGGCAAAUACGAGAUCGGCUGCCUCCUGCCCGGGAGGCGGCCUUUACGUCGUCGAGGGUGAGGUGUCCCGUCUGAUGACGGCGAUGCGACGAAGCGCCCGAUGGUCGUCACAUUCCUAUCAGGACGACAACCAGGAUAAUCUCAUGAAAGGUUUGAACACCUUGAAAGAAGUGUUGAACGAGCCCAGAGAUCUGUCCCAAUUGGAACCGGCGGUUUUUCUCACCCCCUUUUUGGAGAUUAUAAGAUCGGAGGAAACUACAGGACGUGUGACCAGCCUGGCACUGUCUGCUGUGAACACAAUAAUUUCUUAUGGUCUCAUUGACAUAGAUCAUUCCGAUAUAGCAUCCUGCGUAGAGGCCAUAGCAGUCGCUGUCACGCACGCUAGGUUUAUAGAAACCGACGCUUCGGCAGACGGAGUCGUGCUCAUGGGAAUUCUGGAAGUUUUGAAGACUCUCAUGCUGUCACCUAUUGGCGAUCAUCUAUCUAACGAGAGCGUGUGCGAAAUUAUGCUGAGUUGCUUCAAAAUAUGCUUUGAAACGCGACUGAGCGAAAUACUUCGAAAAGCAGCGGAAUAUUGUUUGAGAGAUAUGGUUCAACACUUGUUCAUCAGGCUGCCGCAUUUUGUCGACGACACCCGAAUGUUGACGAAUAUGAAAAAAAUGAGAACAAACAACGUGGAGAACACUCGUAGCAAAAACAAGAAGCACAAAAGUUACACGAAGCAAAAACCCAAGUCGACUACGGAUGUCGACGAAGAAAAGGAAUCUCAGAUUUUGAGCUCGGUCGACAGAAUCCGAGCGAGUCAUUCAGCUACCACGCCCAUCUCGCAGGCUGGCAAUAUCGUUGAUAUGCAAGAAUCGUUGGAUCACGGAAGCGUUGAUAAGAACGAGAACGAGAAGUUUGAGAGCAAGCUCAACAAGGACGGCGCUAGAGAGGGAAACGAAUGUGGCAAAGCGAUUAACAAUCAGGAAACGAAUGAGAAACAGGAGAACAAUAAAAGUGUAAAUAAUCAGGACGUUAAGAGCGACGUGGAAAAUAAUACUGUAGUUAAUGGAGCGCCCGAAAACGCGGAUAAUAAAAUCGUAUCCGACGAGGAAAGAAUCAAGAAUACGGAGAAGGACGACGCGGUCGAUCAGAAAAAUACAACGGACGACGCGUCCGAAUCUUCCGCCAAGCAAUCCGUAUCGGAAUGUCAAGGUAUUGAUGAGAGAAGCAUCGAUUCGGUCCAAUCUCCAACUGGCAGUGUGGAAGACCUGUCGAUAGAUGAAAGCACGUCCAAGACGUUCAAAGCGAAAGAGCCCGAACAAAUCGAGGAGUACGUCAACAGUCAGGGUGUCCGGUUCAUCCCGUUGCAGCAAUGCGCGCCGUACGGCGCGUUGUGCGUGCGCGAGCUGUUCGGAUUUCUCAUCUCAAUAUGCAAUCCUCUCGACAAACAGAACAACGAGAUCAUGAUACAUCUGGGCCUCAGUUUGCUGGAAGUGGCGUUGGAGAUUGCCGCCGACGCCAUUUCAAAUUUCUCGUCUUUGCUCGCGCUCGUAAAGGACGACUUGUGCAGAAAUCUUAUCUUGCUACUCAGGACAGACAGAUUGUCGAUCCUCGCUGUGAAUCUUCAAGUAUCCUUUUUGCUGUUCGAAUCGCAGAGGGAACAUCUCAAAUUUCAAAUGGAACAUUAUGUAAUUAAAUUAAUGGACAUAAUUAAUUCUGAAUACAACAAAAUAUCGUACGAGCAACGAGAAUUAGCGCUUGAGGCUAUAGUUAGAUUGUGGAGGAUACCCGGUUGGCCCGCUGAGUUAUACUUAAAUUACGAUUGCGGAUUUUAUUCCACAAACCUGUACGAGGAACUUAUGAAGAUGUUCUCCAAGAACGUUUCGAUACUGAUGACCAACGGCAUGCACAGCAUGCAGCUGAUAUCGUUGGAUGCCAUAAUUAUGCUGAUUACCGGCAUGGAGAUUCGCUGCAAAGGUUGCAAAGAGUUGUGCAAACCGUCGCGUCACGAAACCUCGCCGAAUCUUCCCACGCGUGAAGAACUGCUCACCAUAAAAACGAACAAAUGGUGGAUGGUCCUGGGCACGGAGAAGUUCAACGAGAAUCCGCGAGAAGGUAUUGCGAAACUCACGGAGCACGGUCUUCUGGGCGAAACUCCCGGCCAGGCGGAACCGGAAAAAAUCGCGAAGCUUCUCAGAGAGAAUCCCGGUCUGGACAAAAAAGCGAUCGGCGAGUACAUCAGCAAGAAGGAAAACAAGAACAUUCUCAAUCACUUCGUUCACAAUUUCGAUCUGAGAAACAUGCGAAUCGAUCAGGCUUUACGGCUCUAUCUCGAAUCGUUCAGGUUACCGGGCGAGGCGCCGCUUAUAUCCCUCCUGCUCGAAAAGUUCGCCGAGCACUGGCACGAUAGCAACGGUAGACCGUUUGCCUCGGCCGACGCCGCUUUCACAUUAGCUUACGCUGUGAUCAUGUUAAAUGUUGAUCAGCACAACUGUAACGUAAAGAGACAAAAUAAUCCCAUGACUGCUGAAGGUUUCAAGAAGAACCUGAAGAAAGUAAAUGGCGAUGCCGAUUUCGAUCAGGAUAUGCUAGACGAAAUAUACGCGUCGAUUAAAGGAGAAGAAAUCGUAAUGCCGGCCGAGCAAACCGGACUGGUGAAGGACAAUUAUCUGUGGAAAGUUUUGUUGAGGAGAGGCGUCGGUCCCGAAGGCGCGUACUUAAAAGUCGGCAAUUCCGGCGAAUACAUCGACAGAGACUUGGCCGAGCACGCGUGGGGUCCUAUUAUAAGCGCGCUUUGUCGAGCUUUCGAUAAAGCGCCGGACAGAUCGCUGCAGCGCAAAGUUGCUCAAACAUUUCUGAGUUGCGCGGCGAUCAGCGCUCAUCACGGCAUGUGCAGCGACCUGGACACACUGAUAGUCAGCCUCUGCAAAUUCACGGGCUUGAUCAUCGGCGGAAAGCCCGAGCAAAUAGUUUUGCAUCUCGGCGGGAGCGCCAAGUCCCAAUUGGCCGCUCGCACUCUGUUCAAGAUCACGCAUUUGCACGGGGACGCUCUCCGGGCGUCCUGGAAAAACAUCAUCGAUUGUCUGCUGUCGCUCUACGAGGCGAGGCUGUUGCCGAAGAAUCUUACGGAGGCGGAGGAUUUCAUCGAUCCGUCCGGCAAGAUAUCUCUGCUUCGAGAACCAACCACGCCGAAAACUUCACCGAGCGAACAAGGACUGUUGUCCACCUUCUAUUCUUACAUAGCCAUGGAUACGUCGCGUCUGCCGCAUCCCGCUGAGGCAACCGCGCGAAAGAAAGCCAUAGAGUUCAUUGCCAAUUGUUAUUUGAAGGAAAUUAUUGAAGAAAGCAAGUUCUUUCAGAACGAGUCGCUCAAUUCCCUGGUUGGUGCUCUGGUAUCGGUAAAUUCCACCAGCGAGGAUAUAUCUAUAUUUCUGUUAGAAUUGCUGCUAGAAGUAACCAUACAGAAUCGCGACAGAGUGACGUGCAUCUGGCCGGUAGUGCAGGGCCAUUUGGAUCGCCUGUUAACCGUAGCGGCGCGCGAAAAUCAUCCUUAUCUGCUCGAGAGAGUGGCCGUGGGCAUGCUUAGACUGGCGAUCAGACUUUUACGUGGCGAAGAAUUUGCGUGUCUGUCCCCUUUACUACCUCUGACUCAUCUGCCGUCCGCGACGACCGCGCCGUUGGCGCGUCAGAUCGCCUACGGUCUGUUCGAGUUGCUGAAAACGGGGGCCGCGAACAUUCACAGCGCGGAAGAUUGGAAAGUGGUUUUCAGUCUGUUGGAAUGCGCGGGUGCCGGGGCGCUGGCACCUAAACGAUCCAAUACGGUUCUAGACGAAACGGCAAACGCUCGGGCCUCGGUCUUGGAUCCCAGACCUAUCAGUCCCGUGCCGGAAUGGGUGUUGGUGUCACCGACCGGCACCGAGGCGCCGCUUCCUGUCGCCGCAGACACGAUAGUUCUCGCGCGCGAUCUGCAGUCCCACGAUUCGGCGGCGUUCGUCAAGUGUUGCGAGAGCCUGAACUUUCUGGUGCGCGACAUGGCGCACGUGACGCCCUUCAACUUCGAUCUUUGCGUCAACUGCGUGAGAACAUUCGCCGAGGCGGUGCUGCAAUGUACUGGCAAACGAAGUCGAAUGUCCAGCGCCACGGAGGAAGCGCCUGGCUAUCAGCAAAGUCCCAUGCAGCUGCUGGAUCUGAUGUACACGUUGCACACGAGGAUCGCGCAGGUGUUUAGAUGGUGGGCGGAAGAAGGUAGCAUCGAUGAGAGUAUAUCUUUGUGGCCGCAGGCUUGGCGACCUCUGCUCCAGGGUAUCGCGCGUCUCUGCUGCGACUCUCGCAGAUCAGUGCGCACGGAGGCGAUCACAAAUCUUCAGAGCACUCUGCUGGCGCACGAUAUGGCGCAGCUGUCCGCCAUAGAAUGGUCCCAGUGUCUGGAGGAAGUACUGUUCCCGCUGUUGGCGCAACUGCUGGGUCCGAUCGCGUCCAACGAUCCGAUCGGCGUCGAGGAGACGAGAGUCCGGGCCGCUAUGUUGCUCUCCAAAGUGUUUUUGCAUCAUCUAAAUCCACUGUUAACGCUAUCCGGCUUUCUGCCGCUGUGGUUGACCGUGCUGGAACUCCUUCGCGCGUAUAUGCACGCCGACAACAGCGAGCUUCUGUUCGAGGCAAUUCCCGAAUCGCUGAAAAACAUGCUGCUCGUAAUGUCGUCGGCUAACGUUCUGGCGCCAAGUUCAAAUCUCUGGGCGCCCACGUGGAGAGCGAUCGACGCGUUUCUGCCGAAUCUCAGAACGGAACUCUUCCCAGAUCCACCUCCUGUCGCGGUUUUACCGUCACCGCCGCAACAUUCGCCGCAGCCAUCGCAUUAUCAACCGCAGUCACCGCAACAGUCGUCGCAAACGCAAGUAAUCAGCUUGGUCGGUCAGCAGCAGCCGGCGACCUUUCUAGGACCUAUAGCGCCGCAACCGGAAAACACUGCUCCUUCGAUCGACGUCGAACGUAAUUUCCCUAACGAGAAUAACGUAGACUCGCGGACUAUUACGGCGGCGAUGCCUGUGGACAUCGUGAACGCUGCGCAACCUAAUGUUCCGAUUCCGGUUUCGUUGUCGUCGUUGAUGUUCAGCACCGAGACAAAAGAACAACAGGUUAUCACCUUGGUCAGGCAACCGCCGCCGAGUGUGUCGAGUCCGGUCGCGGUGCAGCCUGUUGCUCAGAGCAUCUUCGAUUUUCGUCAAUCGACCAGCCAACCGGCAACUUUGAUGGACAAAGCAACUGGCGAACAACAACUGCAACCGCAGUUACAGCGAAUGUCAUCGAGCGAGGAAGAGUUAACCAAGUUGAUCAAAAACCCGACGACGCCAAAUGUCAAUCUGAUGACCGACGAGAAUCACAAGCUGAUCCUCGCGAUGAGACAAUACGAGGAGUGGAAACAACAACAGCACCAGCAGCAGCAGCAACUGUUGAUGCAACAGCAGUGUACGCAGCAAUCGUACGGACAGGUGCAACAGUAUCAACACCCAGUGACGGAGAGUUCGCCGUACGCGUCUCCACCCGAGACGAUGACCGUAGAUUCUACGGCGGCGGCGACGUUUAACUCCGCGACGUAUUUUAACGAGGAUCCGGCUGCGGAUCUUCUCUUCGUCGUCACUAAUCCUUGACCACUGUACAUUUUCUAUGUAAAUUGUAUUGUAUAAAAAUUUAUCUUUCUACGAUGUGUGUGAGAAUCGUGAGAUUUGUAGAACGCGAUGGAGUAUAAUAUAAUAUAUAACUAUGUUAUAGGAACGUUUCAAAAUAGAGCAACAACCCGAAGGAAGGAUACUACUUUUACGUAGCGAAUAUUUUUUUUUUAUUUUUUUUUAUUUUUUUUUUUCGUAUCUUUGGUUUGUAUAUUUGGCACUCUUUCAUUUUAUAUAUAAAUAAUGUUGUACAUGAUAUUACACGCGUUGUUGUUAAGAUUGUCGUGCGGCGUCUUAACAAGUCUCUUGUCGCAUAAAUCUUAGCAAUAACGAAUUGACGAACACGAUACGAAUAUUCUCUCAACACACUCGUUUAACCCUCCGUCUGCACGAUGGGGAUUUCCAGUGAAAAUUUCCAGUAAAAAUUUCCAGAUUCUGGAAGAAGCUUUUUUCCCAUAAGUUUUUCGUAGUUUACAAAUUUCUUCGUUCAAAUUUUUAUUGCAAAAGAGUUUUUAAUAUUUCGCUCGAGUAUCUCGCUUCUACAUCAAAGCAGAGACCCCUAACAAAGUGUCUCAGAAUUUUCUAAGAUUUUUUUAAAACCUACAACGGUAAGAAAAAAUAGAUCUAGGUCUCUCAGACCCGGUUUAUGCGGACGGCGUUGGUAAACAAAAAAAAAAAA